UUCUUUUCUUAAGUUGAGAAAAUGCAUAUUACGUAUACGCAAUGUGCGCCGUUCCUUUCCUUUUAUAGCUAUUUUUCCAUUUCAACUUUUAACCCUUUACAACACUUUAAAGAACCAAAGGUCCCACUUAUCGUUAUCGACUUUGAAAUUCACUUUUCAACGGCUCCCCUUGGCAACCAAAUGGCUCCAAAACAAAGCUCCCCCAAUUCCCGCCCCCACAACUUUGCUUCUACCGGCAGACAAAACAUACUUUCACUUGCAAAAAGCUAAAAAAUAUACAAAAAAUGUCUUACAAGAGAUUCUAUGUGAGAUUGGACCUACAACUCCAUGCGGUUGGUGUUAACUUUAAGAUCUAAAUUAUAUUUUUAGGUUUACAUACUUUUCCAGCUCACGUGUCCCGGUGUUUGGCUCUGCUCCCACGGUUAUCUGGAGGCCACGGUCAAGACUUUGGGCUAUUACUUUCGAACGGGAGCAAUGGAGCCACGAUUUCCUAUGCUCUGCCACGACCAGUUCACCAUGGAGGGUUAUUUCAAGAAUGUAGAGUGCCUGGAAGACAUGCACGAACUACUGAGAUCUGAGCAGCUGGAGAUAACCAUUUGGCAGAAUGGUCGAAGGUUGGCCUACUUCAUAGGAAACCUCUCGGAUGUGAUGCAGCCCACGAUUCCCCGCCUGAGCUGCGCCCACAGUUCCAAUGUCCAGCUUUUGAUGAAGGCCACACCUGCCUUUCCUGGUAUAUUGGCUCCAAAAGUAGAGCUCUCUGCACAAUUGACAACGCAGGACAGGAAAAAGGGCUGCAGUUGCUCGGGUUUCAGGGAAGAGCAGCCAGUUUCUUCGGUGAUUAAUAGGCAUGUGGAGAGCCGUUGCUUAACACGUUUAGAGCAGCCCCGAAAGCAGCAGCAAAGGGUGUGUCAUGGACGCGAAUCCAAUUGUUGUCCAGGCUGGCGAGGAGGAGGUUCCCCAGAGCAGCAGCAGCAUCAACAGGAGCGACGUCUAUCCUCUUGUUCCAGCACCACCCAGCUGAGCAGCCUUAGCCAGAGUUCAUCGUUGACGCCAAGCAGCAGCUGCCAUUUGUCCACACUUAUGGACGAUCAUCAUCAAAGCAGCUGUGAUAUUUGCCAAGCCUACAGACGCAUGUUUCCACAAUAUUAG